AUGGUUACAAAGUACCACGCUGUGACUCGAGGCAAAAGGCCUGGCUUAUACAACUCCCUUGAAGAUGCACGACAGCAAGUCAUCGACUUUCCAGGCUCCUGGGUCGAGACAUGCGAUAGCCUGAAGUUGGCCGCAAAGUAUAUGUGCCACGUCGGCCGUGUACCAUAUGACCACAUACGAGUAUUCAAUCGCGCCUUUGUAGAGCAGGGCAGCUUCAUACCGCAGCCGUCUAAUUCGUUCAAGCAAGAAAUUGGCCUAUUUGCAAGUUCUCAACAGCUCACCCGGGAAGAAGAGAAGAAAGCCCGUGUCGAUGCGAUUCGCGACGAGAUUAUAUAUCGUUACCUUCCCGAAGGCCUCUAUUAUCUGCAGAUGAACCAUCCCAGUGGCCGGAUUCGCCUGGAUGACGACCAAAAGUUACUCAUAUACCAAAGAGUGUGUGAACAACUAGGGAAGAAGUCACACAGAGACGUCGACGAGUGUAUAGCAGAAUUAAAACGUCCACCGUACGUCAACAUUAUAAAUUUCGUUGAUGUGCUCCGUAAGGGAGGCACAUUGACAAUCUUUUCGGAUCCACUCAAGUUCUGCGAUUACACAAGGAAAAACCGAAUUGAUCUAAAUUACGCAAAGGAGAGCGAAUUUUUAUGCCCUUUUCUGCAGGAUUUGCAGGAAUUGCGACGAGUAUCGUCUAAACCGUGCCGAGGCCAUCAGAGCAAUGGUUCGCGACAACAACCUAGGACGCGGAAAGAUCCAGCGUUGCUUCUAUCACCUCGUCCUGGGAACAAGUUCGUCAAACCAGAAAUCUCCAACGACCCACACAUGGUUCCUCCCGUUGGCAAUUACCAAUUCAGUCUUGAACCCCCUCCAUUGAGCCCAUCACUAUCAGAGUUCAGCUCUUCGUCGAAAGAAUUCGACGAUGCUACACCAUCUCCAGUAUCAUCUUCUGUAACAACUUCUCCAAGCCAUGGCUCAGAAAAACUCUCUACCAACGUCAAAAUUGAGCCUACUUUUCCUGUAAUGCCGGCUCAAGUGCUAGACGAUAUUGGUGCAUGUCUCGAGGACGACAAAGAGAUAGCCACUCAACUCUCACAGCAGCCUUUAAAAGCGGAAGUCGGAGAGGAUAUACCGGAGGAUAUGUUCCAAGACGAUGAGGAAAUUUCCACUCAGCUCUCACAGCAGCCCUCAAAAGCGCAAGUCGGAGAGGAUAUAUCGGAGGAUAUGUUGGAGUAUAUGAUCCAAGACGAUAAGGAAAUUUCCACUCAGUUGACGCAGGAAUGGCACGAUACAGGCCCGGAAGAAAGUUCACGCACCAAGACAACUGGCAAAAGAAAGCAGAGCAUGGCUUCUGGUUUGACCCACACAGUCAAGCGUGCAGGCAAGAUGCUUAAGACACACAGGUGA